UGUUUUGAUUGUACAAUUUUUUAUGGUGUCCUAAUUAACCAAUUUCAUGCAUCUAAUCAAGAAGAAUAUCAUCUAAGGCCUACUAUGUCAGAAGUAGUGAGCAUUCUUGAAGGAAAAACUACAAUGAAGACCCCUCCUCCAGUUGAUCCACUGUAUGUGACAACAAUUAAGACCCCUCCUCCAGUCUGGGAGGAGUACAUGUCUGAGAUUCGAAGUGCGAGCAGCAGUUCAUCAUAUACAAAGCUGACACCUCACGGGUUUGUUUAUAAUCCUAACGAUGACUGGGAAGACAAUACUUGUCCUGAAUUUCAUAAUGAUUCUUUGUCUGAUUUAAAGGCAUUUUUAAGUGAAGGAGGAGAAGAGAUUGAUAAAGUUGGGUAUGCAAAAUCGUCUGUAGAAGAAACACAUGAGCAGUAUGAAACUCCAUCUUUUAGUUUAAGAUAUAUUGAAGUUGCAACCAGAAAUUUCAGCCCGGCAAAUAAGAUUGGUCAAGGUUUUUCUGGUUCAGUUUACAAGGGUAUGGUUCCUAAUGGAAAGAUGAUUGCAGUGAAGCAACUGUCUCUGAAAUCUGACCAAGGAAAAGUGGAGUUUCUAAAUGAAGUAAAUACUAUAUCUACCUUGCGACAUCCAAAUAUUAUUAGAUUGUUGGGACACUGUGCAGAGAAUGCCACAUCUUAA